AUGCCUCGUCAACGAUCUGCCGGCCGCCCCGCCGCCCGUCCUUCCGUCCCUUCGCGGGCACCCGCUCCGGCUCCCAACCAGCAGCAGAGCCGACCCGCGACGACCUACGCGCCCGCACAAGGUGCCCAGGCACAGCACCCUCCUGCGGCGGCUGCCCAGGGCUCGCAGGGACCCGGUCUCUUCGGCCAGAUGGCCAGCACCGCAGCCGGUGUAGCAGUAGGCUCCUCAAUCGGUCACGCCAUCGGCGGCUUCUUCGGCGGCGGCAGCAGCGAGGCCGCGCCCCAGCAGCAGCAGCAGACCAACGCGACGGCACAGGACAGCAACGCCAACCAGUACAGCAACAACAACUGCUUCGGCGCCACCGAGAACUUCACCAAGUGCAUGGACGACCACCAGGGCAACAUGAGCAUCUGCGGCUGGUACCUUGAGCAGCUGAAGGCCUGCCAGGCGGCGGCUAAGCAGUACUAG